AGUUACAUGUUUCGCGUUAUCGAGAUCAACAUGUUUUCAAAACUAUUUCUAAUUUGUGCAUUUGCUCUUGCAGUAACUUCGCAGGAACGACUAAAAGUCACUUUAUUUUUUGAAGGGCUUUGUCCUUACUGCCACGAUUUCGUAAAUGAACAACUUUAUCCAGGUUUUAAGAAACUAGGAAGUGCGUUAGAUAUUGACCUGUCACCAACGCAAAGACAUGUAUACAAUAACAGUAAAAUUGAAUGGCAUUGUUACCAUGGACCACUGGAAUGUCAAAUUAACAAAAUCAGUGCUUGCGUCAUUCAUUUAAGCGAAACUCAGUCAGUGAUGAUGGAAUUUAUAAAUUGUUACUUGAAAGAUUCUGAUAUGGAUAGAAGCAAAGAAUUUGAGGAUGCACUUGCCAAGAAAUGCGCUGCGCAAAGCAACCUUUCAUGGGAUAAAAUAAACUCUUGCCUUGAUAAAGAAGGCGAUAAGUUAUUACUGGCUUAUGAAAAACGAAUGGAUAACCUGCAACCUCCACUUAAAGGCGUUCCUCACUUACUAUUUAACGAUAAAACCGAUGAUAAUAUCGAAGAAGCAGCGAUGGAUGAUUUCAUAGGAACAGCAUGUAAACUAUUCAAAACAAAACCAAAAGCCUGUUUAUAAACCUAAAAACCUUUUACAAAAACCAGGAAAGCAAGAAAUGCUAUCCCCAAUAAGAAUGAUU